AUGAACGUUCGCAACACCAACAAUAACACCAUCAUCACCAAUAAUCAGGCCUGUGCUGCUUGUAAGUACCAACGUAAGAAGUGUGCUCCUGACUGUAUUCUCGCACCUUAUUUCCCUCACGAUCGACAACGUCAAUUCCUCAACGCUCAUAAAUUGUUUGGUGUCCGUAACAUCACCAGAAUCAUCGAAAACCUUGACCCUCCCCGCCGCAACGAAGCCAUGAGAACCAUCAUUUAUCAGUCUGACAUGCGUGCCACCGACCCUGUUGGAGGAUGUUUAAGGCACAUUCAAGACCUAGUAGCCCAAAUUCAGUACCAUGAGGCCGAACUUGAACUUGUUCUUCAGCAGCUCGCUGUGUUUCGUGCUCAAACUCAUCGUCAUUCUCAUUAUCACGAGGUUGUCGAUUCUUCUCCCGAUCCUUCCAGAUUGUGUAGCCCUAAUAUUAAUAUUAUUGCGCCAGUACCAUCACCGGUUUCUCAUUAUCAAUACAUUCAACAACAAGGGCCGAUGAAUAUGAUGGUAGUGAAUAAGGAACAUCAUGGUAAUAACAAUAAUAAUGUUCCUAGUGAUUUGCGAGACGAUGUUAAUUAUUGUAUUGCCCAGGAUUCAAUGUCUUUGUCGUCCUUGUCGUUGCAGAACAGCACUAAGAAUGGGGAUGAACAUAGUGGUUAUGUGGGUGAUGAAUUGUAUAGUGAUCAUAAGUCUUCGUCGUCAUCUAUGCUUGACAUUCAUCGUGAUGACAGGUUUUGA